AUGAAGCGCCGCGCGGCAUUAAUGCUAGAAACUCUUCGAGACAAAAGAAUGAUGUUCGUGGGCGACUCUUUAAACCGGGGCCAGUUCGUUUCUAUGGUGUGCCUCGUCCACACGAUCAUACCCGAUGACCGGAAAUCCUUGAUCACAAAUGGUUCCCUCACGAUUUUCACAGCCAAGGAUUACAACGCGACAAUAGAAUUCUAUUGGGCGCCAUUUCUCCUAGAGUCGAGCUCUGACGACGCCAUUGUGCACAGAGUAAGUGUACGGUUGGUGCGGAAGGGCUCCAUCAACAAGCAUGGCGAUCAUUGGAAAGGAGUCGACAUAAUGGUGUUCAACACCUAUCUCUGGUGGUUGACUACAAACCUCAAGUUCAAUAUAUCGCGAGGUAACUUUGACGACAAAAACAAAGACAUAGAGGAGGUGCCAACGGAGGAGGCCUACCGGAUGGCGAUGAAGAGCAUGCUCUGGUGGGUUAAGAAAAACAUGGAUCCGAACAAGACGAGAGUCUUCUUCACGAGCAUGUCGCCUAUGCACGGAAUAGCUACUGAGUGGGGAGGUGACAAAAAGGGAAACUGCUACAACCAGACAGAUAUGAUUGAUGAUGCAAACUACUGGGGAUCAGACUGUCGGAAGGAUUUGAUGAACGUGAUAGGUGAAGAGUUCAAGAAGUCGAGAUAUCCGAUAACGUUGCUCAACAUCACGCAGAUGUCGAGCUACAGAAAGGAUGCGCACACUUCUAUCUAUAAGAAGCAGUGGAGGCCUCUGACGCCCGAGCAGCUCGCGGACCCGGUGAGCUAUGCCGAUUGCAAGCAUUGGUGCCUGCCUGGGCUGCAAGAUACUUGGAAUGAGCUUCUUUUUGCUAAGCUUUUUUAUCCUUGA